AAAGGAAAGAGGAGUGCCGGAAAGCUCCUCCCUUCAUCGCUACUCGUGUUCAAGAACUUUGAACACCUGUUUAUACUUUAUAGUUUAUUUUCGAUGGCGUUAUAUCUUCUAUACGAAUCGGCAUCUGGCUAUGCUCUUUUUCUGGCUCAUGGCAUCGAUGAGAUCGGGCAGAACACUGAAGCUGUUCGGAGUUCAGUGCUUGAUCUUAAUCGAUUCGGGAAGGUGGUUAAGCUUGCAGCUUUUCAUCCAUUUGACUCUGCCCUCGAUGCUCUCAACCAGGUUAAUGCUGUUUCUGAAGGACUUAUGACUGAAGAGCUGAGGAACUUCUUGUCGCUGAAUCUCCCCAAAACAAAGGAAAGUAAAAAGGCUAAAUUCAGUCUAGGAGUUUCGGAGCCAAAGAUUGGGUCACAUAUUUUUGAAGAGACUAAAAUUCCUUGCCAAAGCAACGAGUUUGUUCUUGAACUGUUUAGGGGUGUGCGGUUACACUUUGAUAGGUUUAUCAAGGACCUAAAGCCUGGUGAUUUGGAAAAAGCACAGCUUGGGUUGGGCCACAGUUACAGCCGAGCAAAAGUGAAGUUCAAUGUCAACAGAGUUGAUAAUAUGGUUAUUCAGGCCAUUUUCCUUCUCGAUACCCUUGAUAAAGAUGUUAACUCUUUCUCCAUGAGAGUCAGGGAGUGGUAUUCAUGGCAUUUCCCUGAGCUUGUUAAGAUUGUCAAUGACAACUAUCUCUAUGCCAAGGUUGCAAAAUUUGUGGAGGAUAAAUCUCAGUUAUCUGAAGACAAAAUCCCAGCUUUAGCUGAGAUAAUAGGAGAUGAAGAUAAAGCCAAAGAGAUUGUCGAAGCUUCCAAAUCAUCUAUGGGACAGGAUUUAUCACCAAUCGACUUGAUUAAUGUCCAGCAAUUUGCCCAGAGGGUAAUGAAUCUCUCUGAGUACAGAAAGAAGCUCUAUGAUUAUCUGGUUACCAAAAUGAAUGACAUUGCUCCUAAUUUGGCUGCGCUGAUCGGUGAAGUUGUUGGGGCUCGUUUGAUUUCACAUGCCGGUAGUCUCACAAAUUUGGCCAAGUGUCCUUCUUCUACCCUUCAGAUCCUUGGUGCAGAGAAAGCACUAUUCAGGGCAUUAAAAACCCGGGGAAACACUCCAAAGUAUGGUCUAAUUUUCCAUUCAUCUUUUAUUGGGCGGGCGUCUACAAAAAACAAGGGCCGGAUGGCUCGUUAUCUUGCAAACAAGUGUUCCAUUGCCUCUCGUAUUGAUUGUUUCUCAGAAACAAACUCCGCUAUCUUUGGAGAGAAGUUGCGGGAGCAAGUUGAAGAAAGACUGGACUUCUACGACAAGGGAGUUGCACCUCGCAAAAAUCUCGAUGUUAUGAAAGCAGCUAUUGAAAGUACCCAAAACAAAAGCGAUUUGGUCACAGAUGAUGGUGAGAUGAAUAUUGGGAAUACAGAAGUUUCGGCAAAGAAAAGCAAGAAGAAGAAAUCGAAAGGUGAGACUGCUGUGAAUGGUGAGUCCAUGGAUGUGGAGGAGCCUAAAGCUGUUACAAAUGGAGCGACUUACGAGGAGCCAGCAAUGGAAAAGAAGAGGAAGGAUGUCAAUGGAGACCAGGAUGGGCUGAAGAAGAAAAAGAAAAAGAAAAGCAAGGAUGAUGUAAAUGGAGAGGAUCUCCAAUCAGCUAGUGAAGUAAAGAAGAAAAAGAAGAAGAAAUCAAAGAGUGAAGAUGAUGAUUGACCUCGUGUUUUUACCAGGUAGGGUAGAAAUCUUUCGGAGGUCCCUAUUUUGCAUAUUGUAUUGGCUUAUGUACCAAGCCUUUUAAUUGGAAUUUUGGAUCAAGUAGUCUGUGAACUUGCUACCUUUUUGAUUCCCUUUCUGGUUUUGAAGUUCGAUAGUAUAUUUUCAUGUUGAAAUUUUAUUAGUA